UAGGAUAUUGUUACUUACCUUACUCUGUUCAUAUUUUAAUAUACUUACUGUUUUUAAUUUUAAUAAGCUUAUUCACAUUGUUUAUAUUUUUUUGUCUAAAUAUUAUGUAAUUUCCACAAUUCUCUAUCUUUUUGUAUCUUGCCCAAUCUAGUCAUGAAGAAGACCUGCAAAUUCGGGUCGAAACGUUGGUGUUUAAUAAAAUAGUUAUACCACUAUGUCACGCUAAGAAAAUAAAGAGGGGAUUUGUUAUGGCACAUUGUAAUGUAUUUGGAAGUGGUGGGGUGGGGCUAAUUACUCACAAUCCUCCUGACCAUCCUCUCUGUGGUUUUAAACACUUCUGCAGCAUAUGUGGUGACAGGUGCAAAGGGAAGCAUUUUGGAGUUCACUGCUGUCUAGCUUGUAAUAGUUUUUUCAGGAGAACAAUAGGUAGAGAUUUAUCUUUUACUUGUGAAAAUAAAAAUUGUAUGAUAGAUCUAGAUCAAAGGAAUAAAUGCCAAUAUUGCAGAUAUCAAAGAUGUUUGGCAAUGGGCAUGAAGAGGGAAGCAGUUAAGAAUGAAAGACAGCGACUGAAAGAGAGUUAUCAAAAUGAGCUUCAAUUAUGGCAACUGAAAGAGAUAUUUCAAAAUAAGCUUGAAAGACGGCAACUGAAAGAGAGAGAUCAAAAUGAGCUUGAAAGACGGCAACUGAAAGAGAGAGAUCAAAAUGAGCUUGAAAGACGGCAAAUGCAAGAGAGAUAUCAAAAUGAGCUUGAAAGACGGCAAAUGCAAGAGAGAUAUCAAAAUGAGCUUGAAAGACGGCAAAUGCAAGAGAGAUAUCAAAAUGAGCUUGAAAGACGGAAAAUGCAAGAGAGAUAUCAAAAUGAGCUUGAAAGACGGCAAAUGCAAGAGAGAUAUCAAAAUGAGCUUGAAAGACGGAAAAUGCAAGAGAGAUAUCAAAAUGAGCUUGAAAGACGGCAAAUGCAAGUGAGAUAUCAAAAUGAGCUUGAAAGACAGCAAAUGCAAGAGAGAUAUCAAAAUGAGCUUGAAAGACAGCAAAUGAAAGAUAGAACUCAAAAUGAGCUUGAAAGUAUUAGUAGCUUUCACUCAGGUAUGCCAAUUGAAAUGAUUUUAGAAGCAGAAAGAAGAAUUGAUAUCAGAGUGGAGCGUAUAGAAAAUUAUGAGAAUGCAAAUACACUUUUUGAAGAAAUUCAAAAACAACUGGUUCACCUUAUUGAAUGGGCUCAACAAAUACCGCAUUUUACGUCUUUACCAAUCGAAGAUCAAUUACUCCUUCUCAGAAAGGGUUGGAAUGAGCUACUGUUAGCAGGAUUUUCUCAUCGCUCUGUCCGUUAUAGGGAGGAGAUAGUUUUACGUUCUGGAGUAACAAUUAAUCGAAAUACCGCUGAACAUGUUGGUUUUGACACAAUAAUCUUCGACAGAGUUGUUACUGAAGUAGUUCCAAAAAUGAGAGAAAUUAAGAUAGAUAAAGCAGCACUUGGUUGCCUGAGAGCUAUAAUAUUAUAUAAUCCAGAUUAA